AUGACGGCAUGGUCGCAGCUGCCGCCCGAGCUCAUCUUCAAGUUCUAUGACUAUGCAGAAACCAUAGCAGACACACGUUGCGGCGUGCUUGUUUGCCGCAGCUGGUACCACGCACUGACACCUUUGCUCUAUCGAAGUCCUGUGCUGCGUCAUGCAGAUGAUUUCACAAUACUGUGCGAGAUGCUGCUCGCUGCUUCAGACAAGGCCACAGAGCAGCCGCACCCUUUGGCAAAGCAUAUUCGGGUCCUUGACCUGCAUGCGGUCUGCGGCACAUUACGCGUCAUCAAGCUGCCGGAAAUGCUUGCACUCCUAGACAGUCUACAGGCCUUUAUUGCUCCGCAAGCAGCACUCGCUGCAUCGACCAUGCUACAGCUUGCACAACGGCCGACGCUCAAGCUUCUUGACUUUGCUUGGGUCAUUGAACGCUUCGAAUUGCCGAAACUGCUGAAUGCAGUCUCCCGUCUUCCAAAGCUGCACACGUUUCGCUUCCCUAGGUGUGCUGUGAGUACCGUUUUCCCAGUCAAUACCUUUCCACAGCCAUUAAACGAACUGACGAUCCGUGGCGGCUUGCGCGAUGCCUAUGUCACAAAAAUGGCAAGCUCGACGUACCCAACCAUCAAGGCAGCGCAUGUCGAGGUGUCCCAUGCACCGGUCCUGACGGGCGCUCCUAUAUUGGACUUGCUAUCGCGAGUGCAAGGUCUACUUCAUGUGACUGUUCAAUGGCCCUUGCCGCGAUUCGCACACAACGCCAUGGACACGAUACUGGUUCGCCUGCCCUUCCUUAAAAGCUGCUCCCUCAGCAUCGACUAUAUCUCUGCUCGCUUCUUUGAGAAUCAUCACAGUCACCUGGAAAAGCUUCUACUCACGUUCAGUGGAGUGGGCAAAACGAGGGAAAUCACGGCGGAAGACUUAUUGGAUGCAUUGGAGAACGAGGAUCUAUGGCCGGCCUUGCGCACUUUGCAGCUAGUUCGGCGGCUGCAAGAGUUGCUGUUCCCGACAGACGAAGAAUUGGCUCAUCUAGAAAGGGUUUGUGCGGCCAGAGGGAUCAACCUGAGCAUUAUAGACUGGCAUGAGGAGGAAGAGACCUCUGUGUAUGGCAUGUUUGGGCACUAG